AGUUCCCGAGGUUGACUGGUUAUACUAGGUUGGCCACCGGGUCUGUCAAACCGACUGACCGGCCUGAGAAGCCUAAAGCGGGAACAAUCCCGCGGGGAGUUGGAGUUGUAGCCCCCAAACCGCUGCCUGGCCGCGUGCUGCGACAGGAAGUGCGGCCAGAUGGCCAAUCAGCGGCGAGAAGCCGUUUUAACGUCCCUCCAUCGCCUCCCCAAGUUACCUUACGGUUUCUCCUCGCCCUCCCCGCCCCCCCCCCCCGCGCCCCGCGUCGUCCUCCCCCGACACACUCCUUUCCCUCAACGGUCCCUCCAGGACACCGUUCCCCGCGAGCCCCGCCGGUGUACAGCUCUCGCGGACAUGGAGGCCCGGGAGGAGGCUGAGUGGGUGGCAGUUGUCAAUAAUCUUCUUUGGAAAUGUCACAUUUGCCUGAGGAUACAGUCUCUUUCUGAGUGUGAUGCAAAUGUGUUUAUUACUCUUUAUCAUUCUAUCUUGGGAGAAGUAGUACCAGACCUCAUAACUGCCCCUAAGAACCAAGAAGAUCAUGCACACAAUGUACAAGCAAUCAUUGAUUCCCUGGCCUUGGAUUACUUGCAGGUCAGCUUGUCCCACAUAACAGGAGAAAAUAUUGUAAGAGGAAAUAAGGAAUCUAUUAAAAAUCUCUUAGAAAUAUUUGAUGGAUUGCUUGAGUACCUUACAGAAUAUAGUGAGGCAUCCUCUCAGGAAAGAGUUGAAACUGACCGAGUAGCUAAAGGAUCAAUUCAACGUAUACUUUCAGAAGAACUGGAAGAAAAGAUUAGCAAGACUAGACCAGUGCAGGCAAUAACAUCAUUUGGGAGGUCUUCCCAGUCUUCUGAUUUUGUGCCAUCUUGGGACAUAGAUGGAUCAGAGUCGACUGGUGAAUUGAUUAGACUUGGAGAUACAGCUCACACAUUUUCUUUAAGGAAAGACGAAUUAGCUGCAUCUGUUGAGUCUACAGAAAUUUCUUCCAAGAGCCUGACUCCAAAUGCUAAAAAAUUGGGUGAGCCCAUUCGUUCAGCUAUUCCUUUGCAGCCACCAUAUCAUCCUCUUGAACCUCCAGCACCCUGCCCUAUGGGAAAAGAAUACUGUCAUUCAAGUCAGUAUCCCUUAGCCUUAAAUGAUGAUGAAAAGCAUGAAAGACCUAUGUUUACAGGGUCAUUUGAUCCAUUUUCAGAAAGAAUUCAUGGUUCAGAGGCCUACUUUAUAUCUGUUGGAGAUACAGUGACACCUGAAACAACAAGUGCACAGGAUCAGAGCUGCAGCAUGAAGUGCCUCAAUAGCAUUGAUAAGCUUUCCCCAACAUCUCCCUUGUCUGAAGAAACUAAGCUGUCAGUGUCCGAGUCUCACUUAUACAGCCCUAGGCUACAAAGACUUCUCAAACGAAUAAGAUCAGAAAACUGUGAUCUACUUACUACCGAUGAGCUCCCUCUGCACCAGGGACCAAGUCACAGGUUGACUGAGGAAGAAUUGCACUCAAUGUCUGAGAAACUCUCUCACCAAUUGGACGAACUAGAUUUAAUGUUAAGAAAUGCCCUGAGUUCAAAGACUAAAGACAAAGAAGAGAUUAGAGAUGAUGAUGUAUCUUUUCAGUACAGUGACAAACAGCUAAAGAAGUCUCACCCAGGGCCAUCUAAGAAAGGCAGACAAUUCCAAGUGGGGAAAUUACGAAGACAAAUACAGAAUGAAUCAGAUCUGCGACGAUUUCGAGCAAAGGUGUUAGCUGACACAUUUGAAAGGGAGUUGCAUAGAAGUGAAAUUCAAGAAGGAAGUGGACUUCUGAUGCCAAAUGAAGACCAGGAAGUAACAGAACAAGAAUACAAAGAAAAUAUCCGUAAAAGACCUCCAAAAACUUGUCAGCCAGUGAAAGUUUAUUCUAAAAAAACCAUGCCUUGGAAUCUCAAACGCAGUCAGUGGAUUCCAAGAGGGAACAUCACGAAGGCAAAAAAAGGAGUUCCACUGAAAAUAAAGGAUGACAAUCUUUUGCCCAUGCUUUUGGAAGAGUUUCCAUACCUCCACAUUUCUGGCCAAACCCUCGGAAAAAUGUGGAAACAGCAGCUCUUUCAAACUGAACAGCUAAGGAAGGCGGCCUCUGGAGGGGAACAAUCAAAAAAGAAGUUCCAGUUUAAAAUUGAAGAAGCAUUAAGAAGACACGAUCUCCUUGCUGAAAUUGUCAAGAAAGAACACGAGCAUAAUAAGAGAUUGCAAGAUUUUAAGGAACGUGUGUGUAAGCAGAAGUCAACUCAGAUGAAGAUCAGAGAGAGACGACAGCAAAUUGUUCGAGCCAAAAAAUACUAUGAGGACUAUAGGGUUCAGUUACACGCAAAAAUGAUGCGAACACGGACACGUGAAGAAGUGAUAUUUAAGAACCUCUUCAGAGAGGGUUUAGAAAUUCAAAAACUAAGAUUGCAAGAACUAAGAAACUACGCUAAGGAAAGGCAGGAAGAACAGAAGAGACUGCAUGAGAAUGAGCUGCAAUCAUUGGAAAACUAUUAUAAGGAUCAGUUUGCGAUGCUAGCAGAAGCCAUAUUACAGGAACGUCAAGAAAUCAAAAUGAGAGAGAAAGCCCAAACGAAGACAUUACAUAAAAUGAAAAGGGAAUUGAGAUCCAAGAUGGAGCAAGAAAUUGGGCAAUUGCAGACCAUGAUAAUUAAAAGUGAUGAUGACCUCUUCUUUCGGGAAGUGGAAGCUGAACGCCUUAAAGCUCGACUUCAGAUGGCUUCAUUUCAGUACAGUAGGGGCCAUUUCUUUUGAAAUGAAAGAGCCAACUAUAAAACAGGUUUUUAUUUUACUUGAAAAAAUAAUGUGUGUUUGUGUGUUAAACCUGAGCAUGAUGAAUGAUGAAAAUGAUUGAAACAAAGAUUACAAACACUAAGUGUAACUGAUCUCAUAUUCUAGGCACUUCUAAUAAAAUUUUUUUAAUGCUU